CUAUAGUGGGGCCCUUGAUUCUUGGGUUUUCUUCGCUCCGUAGUUUGCAUCCUUGAGCGCCUCGCGGCUUUUUGACCGGGGGAAGAGGAAAAUUCUAAAAAGAGAGAAAAGAGAUAGAAAAGAAGAAGAUUGAAUAGAUUAUCCCGAACCUGCCUCCGCCGCCGUCGCACGAACCAUUUAUGAUGGCCGCGUCUGGGUGGAUUGUGGUGCUACCAUUCCUUUAGGAUACCUUUCGGCUUCAGUAAAAACUCAGGGGGAAGAGUUUUUAUAGAUAUUGAGUUUGUACGGUAACUCAACUUUGAGUAUGGAAUUUACUUUGUUGGUUGAGUGGAGUUACGGUAGUUCAAUCUAUAAAGGAAGGACAAUCGAUCGCACUUGGCUCAGAACCACCUAACGGUGGCUCUCUACUCCCUCAAGACUUGCUUCUUAUUUUUCCUUCACCCUUCAUCUGUCUGCGAGCUGCGAGCAAGGCUGCCUUUAGGUAGGGAAAGAAAAGAAGCCAGCAGGUCCUUUUCCGCUUGACCGCUAACUCAUGAGCAAAGCCGCCUUUUGCCGCCCCUCAUGCAGCAUGAGCGGAUCUUCACUAAAAGCCGGCUCUAUUGGCGGACACUAUGGACAACUCACUCUGCCAUGAGAACAAAGAAAGCCGCACUAUCUCCUUGCAGCUUUGCCUGCCGCCCUUCGGUGGUAUAGUAGGAUGGAUAGCAAAGCCGCCUUCGGCCCUUCGCUUAGUAAGCCCCUCUUCGAGCCUCUACUGAAUUCCGCUCGCCCCGGUCCUUAGUAGCGUUGACAAAGGCAACCUUAGGAUUAUGUUGUGACGCUUUGGUUAGGCUCGGUUGACUUUGUCAACGACACAAGCAAGGAGUUGACAAAGGAGAACAGCCCCCCUGUUGUUGAUAGAGAGCUUACCGCCCCGCCCUUUAUAGUCGCGAGAGAGCGUACCGUAUGUUUAUAGUCGCGACUGUUGUCAUGGAAAAAGACUUUUUUUUCUGUCAAAGAAGCAUGCUUAACACAGCCCUAUAGCGUAAAGGCAUUCGAGCCGCGUCUAAACUAAAUGUUGGGUAAGGGUGGUCGUAGAUCAGCUGUAGAUACGCUAUCCCUUCCGGCGGGGGAAGGGAAGUGAGAUCUACCGAUUGAUUUGAUAUUAGAUGAGCGGCCGUACUAUGAUCGUUCGGGAGACAUGGCCCCACGCGCUACACACAAGAAUGAAUUGUUAUGCGGUCGGUCAACUAUUUCUGCAGGCAGCCUAUCAAAUCAGAUCACGUAUUCUAUGAUAUGUCGUUCCGUCAUGUACAUGUAUUCGGUCUGAAAUUUGGAUGUUCCUGCUCGUGCCCGGAGAGAGAAUGGGCACGACUCCCCCUCUCCCCGUUCUACCGUCCAAAACAGGCCGGCCGUUCUAAGUUCCGGGGUUGGGUCGGAUAGGACCAGACCCAAUCGGCUGGAUCUGUGGAAUCUGAACGGAUCAGAUCCAAUCGGAUCUGAUCGUAGCUUCGGGUUCAGGUGCCGUACCGCGGCCGGACCGGAAAGGAGGGGGACAGCGAACCUCCUGCCAAGAGGCCAAGGUAGCUUGCUAACUCUCAGCCACUUGUUAGAAGGAAGUGCAGCUUGAUUGGCGGGGGGAAUCAACGGGAAGGAAAUAAGGCGCUGUAAGCGUUCGAUUCUAUUUCCUCCUUUGGUAAGGAUUGGUCGGUGAUGUGAUUGGAAUUCGUCUUUUCUUUGUUUGUAUCACCGAGACACCCGAAGGGCCGGCCAUAUGUACCUCGGGAGACCCGGCCCAUUCAAAUCAAAAUAGAACGAGCACCUACGACUAAAGGGAAUGGAAUGUCGACCACAGGGUGAGAUGAUCUUAGAAUACGAGGGCGAGUGACUGGUCAAGUCAUGAAACUUAGUCAUUUUGAUCAACAUGGCUGCGGGUUUAUGUGUUUGAACUGACUACGACCAAAGUCGUGGCUACUUCAACCAAAAAAAGGGCGACCCCCUAUUCAAACCGAAAGAAGUACCUCACCUCACUUACGAAGAAGUAGUUUUUUCUGGGCUCCGAACUAUUUCGGUUUGGUUUUGUUUCAUGUUUCUAAGAGCGGUCUUAUCAAAUAAGGAAUCAGACCGCUCCUGGUGUUCGAACUAGUCAUUAAUGGUCGGCUUAAUUGGUACCCUUUCGGUAUGCGUUGCGAACACUUUCAUUUUUAGCGUCUCAUCUUCUCUAGAGAAGCGAAAAUCGAACGGAUAGAGCAGAUGGUCCAACUACAGAACUUCUUCUUUUUCAUUACUUCCAUGGUCGUGCCUCGUGGCACGGCAGCACCCGUACUAUUGAAAUGGUUCGUCAGUAGAGAUGUUCCCACAGGUGCCCCUUCUUCCAAUGGUACUAUAAUUCCUAUUCCUAUCCCUGAAUUCCCUCUUUUGGUCUAUCUACAUUCCAGGAAAUUCAUACGCUCCAUGGACGGAGCAAAAAGUGGAGUGUUGGUCAGAGCAAGCCGCCCUAUUCUAUUACCAGACAUAAUUG